AUGUCCAUCCUUCAUAUAUUCUUUCUUGUCUUUUCACUCGUUUCUUUUGUCUUUCUCUCUCUCUCUCUCUCCCUCAAUCUACAUGUAUCUCUCUCUUUCUCUCUUUUCUUUCAAUCACUUCUUUCAUCAGCUUUUUUUUUUUUUUGCUGUCUGUAUGUCUGUCUUUUUACUUCUUUCUGUCUGUUUGCGUAUCUCUCUCUCCGUCUUUCUCUAUCUAUCUAUCUAUCUAUCUAUCUAUCUCUGGUCAUAUCUAUCUAUCUAUCUAUCUAUCUAUCUAUCUAUCUGUCACAGUCUGUCCAUAUCUAUCUCAGACUGUUCAUAUCUAUCUAUCUAUCUCAGUUUGUUCAUACCUAUCUUAUUUUGUUCAUAUCUAUCUAUCUCUCACAUUCUCUCCGUAUCUAUCUCCGUUUGUUCAUAUCUAUCUAUCUAAUUUGUGCAUAUCUAUCUAUCUAUCUAUCUAUCUAUCUAUCUAUCUCAUUUGUUCAUAUCUAUCUUAUUUUGUUCAUAUCCAUCUAUCUAUCUAUCUAUCUAUCUAUCUAUCUAUCUCAGUUUGUGCAUAUCUAUCUAUCUAUCUCAGUUUGUGCAUAUCUAUCUAUAUAUCUAUCUAUUUAUCCCAUUAGCAUUCUUGUCUCCCGUUUUUAUAUUUACUUUUUCCCUCCUUUCUUUCUUUCUUUCUUUCUUCUUCAGUUACCUAUAUUUAUUUUUGUUUCUUUUUCUAUUCUUGACUUAACUUUGUCUUCUAUCUUUCUUCUUUUUCUCUUCCUUCCUCUUCUUCUUUUUCUCCUCCUUCCUCUUCUUCUUCUUUUUCUCCUCCUUCCUCUUCUUCUUCUUUUUCUUCUUCUUCCCAUUAUUACUAAUAUUAUUAUUAUUAUUAUCAUUAUUUGUUGUUGUUCCUUUAUUUCUGCAAUAAUGAAUUUCUUCGUCAAUUUAUUUUUUUAUAUCUAUCUAUCUAUCACAGUCUGUUCAUAUCUAUCUAUCUAUCUAUCACAGUCUGUUCAUAUCUAUCUAUCUAUCUCAUUCUGCUUCUAUCUAUCUAUCUAUCUAUCUAUCUAUCUAUCUCAUUCUGUUCAUUAUCUAUCUAUCUAUCUAUCACAGUCUGUUCAUAUCUAUCUAUCUAUCUCUAUUUUCUUUCCCUUGUCUAUCUGCCUAAAUAUUUAUCUAUCCAUUAAACGACACAUUUCGCUAGAUUUAAGUAUUUUCGCUUUGCUUUAA